CUGAUAAACACGAGACCCCAAAACCGACGAGAUUAUCGCAGGAACAUCUGAUGCGUAGCAUCAUCGUUCAUCCAGAAAUACUUGAAUCUGUCCGAUAACCACCGGGUGGAGACAACAAUGUGAGAGGCCCGACACAAAGACGGCUAACGUCGUUGCUGAUCGGACAACCUUGGGUACCAGUACAUGUGAUGCUCAACUGAAGAGACUGGCUACUUUUGGAUCCUUUCAACACAAUAUUCUCAAUCCCUUUCUGGGUCCAAAAACUUGUGUUCUAUUGUUGACACAUUUUAAACAAAUUGAUAAUUUUUUAGAGUAGUGCAGGAUGGAAUUAUUAUUUUGUGUUGAGUUCUUCUCAUUUUUUCAUAGUCGACCAAUGCCCCACUAAGUUUGAAUGAUAGGAAGCUAAAGAAAAUAAAUUGACUGGAAGGCCCAGUUGCUAAAGCAUAUUUAUAAAGCUGGGAGAGGCAGCAGCAAGAUGCUGUCCUCUACAGACAUGGAUUCACUGGCCAGUGUGAGAAGGAGUCUGGUCCCUCAGACGUCUUAAUGAAGGCCCUGUUCUGACUGAGAACUGAGACCAAGGUCCUAUAAGGCUAACAAGUGAGGCACUGACCUCUCCUGCUGUUGGCUAGCCUUUAUAUUCUGUGUAGUAGGAUCCCCACAUUGCCCCCUAAAGCCUCAAGAUGGGCCUGUUCUUAGACUUCAACCCCUUUGAUAACCUGUUGUGCAUUCUCCUGGGCAUCUCCUUCACGGUGUGGUUCACCCUACUGCUCGUCUUCAUCAUCGUGCCUGCCAUCUUUGGUGUGUCCUUUGGCAUUCGACAGCUCUACAUGAAAACACUACUGAAGAUCUUUGAGUGGGCCACGCAUAGGAUUGAAAGAGGAGCCAAGGACAACAACCAUCUCUUGUACAAGCCUUACUCUAAUGGCAUCAUCGCCAAGGAGCCCACCUCCCUGGAGGAGGAGAUCAAGGAGAUCCGGCGCAGUGGCAGUAACCGGGACCUGGACUCCGCCUCCGUAUUUGAGAUGUCCGACAUCUUCUACUUCUGCCGGCAAGGAGUUGAGAGCAUCAUGGACGACGAGGUGACCAAGAGGUUUUCUGCUGAGGAGCUGGAGUCAUGGAACCUGCUGACCCGUAGCAACUACAACUUCCAGCACAUCAGUCUGAGGCUGACUGUCCUGUGGGGGCUGGGGGUGGUGAUCCGCUACGGCUUCCUUCUGCCUCUCAGGGUAACUCUUGCCUUCACCGGGGUGGGCCUUCUGGUCGUUCUCACCUCCAUCAUCGGGUUUCUUCCAAAUGGGAGGAUGAAGAACUUCCUCAGUGAGCAGGUGCAUCUAAUGUGUUACCGGAUCUGUGUAAGAGCUCUCACUGCCAUCAUCACCUACCACGACAGUGAAAACAAGCCCAAGAAUGGAGGGAUCUGUGUGGCCAACCACACCUCACCAAUUGAUGUCAUCAUCCUGGCCAGCGAUGGUUGCUAUGCAAUGGUUGGGCAAAUCCAUGGUGGUUUGAUGGGCGUGAUCCAGAAGUCUAUGGUGAAAGCCUGCCCACACAUUUGGUUUGAACGCUCUGAAGUCAAAGACCGACAUCUAGUGGCCAAAAGAUUGAGUGAUCAUGUAGAAGACAAAACUAAACUGCCUAUUCUCAUUUUCCCUGAAGGCACCUGCAUCAACAACACUUCAGUAAUGAUGUUUAAAAAGGGCAGCUUUGAGAUUGGCUCCACUGUCUACCCUGUGGCCAUCAAGUAUGACCCCCGCUUUGGAGAUGCCUUCUGGAACAGCAGCCAGUUUGGGAUGGUCAACUACCUGCUGAGGAUGAUGAGCAGCUGGGCCAUUGUGUGCAGUGUGUGGUACCUGCCACCCAUGAGCAGAGAGGAAGGAGAGGAUGCUGUCCAGUUUGCCAAUCGGGUUAAAGCAGCUAUCGCCAGGCAAGGAGGGCUGGUGGACUUGCUAUGGGAUGGAGGUUUAAAGCGAGGGAAGGUAAAAGACACCUUCAAAGAGGAGCAACAAAAGUUAUACAGCAAAAUGCUAGUGGGAACCCAAGAGGACCGCAGUCGUUCUUGAAGACAAAUGCAGGGAGUUUGAGAUGAUCGGAGACCCACUUGGGGACCACAGAAUGGACAGUCUAAAGGAGUUUUUGACCUGGAAUACUCCCACCCUCAUGUCAGGAAUACUUCACUUGGCUUUCUCGGUCACUGCCUCAGCUUGGCAUAUCAUGUUCUCAUUGCUGUUACAGCCUAUUCUGGGCCCUGUCUCUAUCCUCUGUUUCUAAUGAUUUGACAAUGGACUGGCCUAUACUGUACCAGUGUGUCAUGAAGCUGCGCACUAAGAUGGUGUGUUGUCUUCCCUGAUGGUGACAAAACUGUCUUUUGAGUGACUAAUGUAUUUAUGUCCUUCAUUGAGUUAAUGUAUAUGUUUUGUUCUUAUCAUUUAUCUUUUUUUGUUUUAUUAUUGUUAAUCGUAAUAAUGACAGUUAUUAUCAUAAUUGUUCUUUUAAGUUACAAUAUAUCUGCCUGGGGAUGUAGCAAUGCAACAUAGAUAAGUACUGUAAAGUUUGUACUGAAGGGGAAAACUGUGACCAUGUUGGGAAAUGCAUGAAUGGCUUGUUCCCAACAUGACUGAGAUGACGAGGUGCCACGUAAAUAUGUUUCUAAUACUUUUUUGUUUUGUUUUUUCAAUAAAAAAAAGCCUUUUGUUUCAAAGGUCCAAUGCAGCUG